AUGUCGCUCGAGAACAAGGUGGCGCGUCUCCGCGUCGCGUUCGCGGACGUCUUGACGCCGUCGACGUCGUUUGAGAUUGCCGAGAGCGCGAACUCGGGACAUCGAAGUCGAUGUCGGUUUCAAGUCGUUCGCGACGACGCGGGCGCGCUCAAGUACGCGCUGUGGGCGAACGGUGGACCGAACGCGAUCGUGGAGACGUUUCCAGACGCGGUGGGAGCGAUUCAGGACGUCAUGAAGGGCGUGCUGCGAGCGGCGGAGCGAAGAAAAGCGUGCGAGCGAGGGCUGGAGGCGGCGCACUUCUUGGCGUCCGUCGCGAGCGGACGCGUCUUGGUGACGCUGGUGUACUCGACGCCGAUCGAGGAGGGCGAGUGGUUGGAUGCGGCGAGGGAAAUGUUGGCGAACGACGGCGACGGCGUGUUCGCAAAGGUUGAGCUCAUGGGGCGAUCGAAGGGCGUGGUCGUAAAGACGGGGAGCGAUCGAGUGGAGGAGACGUACGAGCUUCGAGAUGGGACGACUUUGAGGUAUCAUCACGCGGAAGGAAGCUUUUCGAACCCGAAUAGAGCGAUAACGAUCGCGACGAUGGAGUUUCUUCGCGCGUGCGCGUGCGAAAUCGUGGGAGAUGGGAAGAACGUGAGCGCGCUCGAGCUGUAUUGCGGAUGCGCGAAUCACUCGUGCGCAUUGGCAACCAUUUUCGAUCGCAUCGUCGCGGUCGAGAUCAAUCCGAGCUUAGUGACGGCAGCCCGCGAGAGUUUAGAGAUGAACGAGAUCGACAAUGUGGAAGUCGUGUUAGCUGAUAGUCAGAACGUGGCGAGAAGCAUGAUGGCGGGAAAGUUUGUAGACGUACAAGGCAAAGCGCUCUCGAGUACAGAUUUUGACGUCGUACUCGUGGACCCACCUCGAGCUGGACUCGAUCCAGACACCUUGCGUUUGGUGAGUACGUUUGACCACGUGCUCUACGUGUCGUGUGGCCCUGAAAACUUGCUCCAAAACAUUCGAAAUGGACUCAGUACGCACGUCGUCGAGAAGUUUAUAGUGUUGGACCACUUUCCGAAUACUCGUCACAUUGAAGUCGCAGUUUACAUGCGGCGCCGCGCUCUCUAG